AAUAAGCAAAAGAGCAAGCCGAUUUUGAUGAGUCUUCCUAAGCAUUCGACGCGAGCCCCACCAAAACUUAACUUAUGAAUGUCAUGUUUUGGAAUUGCAGGGGUAUAGGUAAUCCUAACACUCGUCGCACUCUUUAUAAUAAUUGUUUAGGACUCUCUUUGGAUUUUCUUUGUUUAGCAGAGCCGAAGGUCCCGUUUAACUCCAUCCCAUCUAGUUAUUGGCGUUCUUUGGGUCUUGUUCGGAUUUUUGGUAAUUUAGAUUCUGUUUCUUCUUUAUGGGUUUUGGCUUCGGAUACAAUUGCUUCUCAAUUUUCUAUUAUUCAAGAUGAUCAAUGUGUCUCUGUAGAUUUUUCAUUUGAUAAUGUCAUGCACAGGAUUACCUUUGUUUAUGCAAAGACUCUUGCCUAUUCUAGAAGGACUCUAUGGACUGAUUUGAGACAAUUGAAUUUUUCUUCUCCAGAUUUAUGGUUUGUUAUUGGAGAUUUCAAUGCAGUUUUUGGAGCUCAUGAAAAAAUGGGUGGUAGACCUCCUAAUAUUCAGUCUUGUUCGGAAUUUAUUACAGCUUGCGACGAUUGUGAUCUCUCAUGUAUUAAUACAAGAGGGAAUCUAUUUACUUGGUCAAACAUGAGAAUUGGCGAUAAUCAUAUUGAGCUUCAUUUAGACAGAGCUCUUUGUACUCAGAGCUGCUAUGAUUUUUGGAAGAACAUUUCUUGCUUCACUUUGCCUCGACACAAUUCUGAUCAUAACCCUUUAAUGUUGAAGUGCUUUAAUUCCGCUAGAUCUGGUCCUAAGCCGUUUCGGUUUCAUUCUAUGUGGAUUUCCCAUCCUUCUUUUUCAGAUUUUGUCAAGAAUAGUUGGAGCGCUUAUCCAUCAAAUUCCCAUCCUAUGAUUAACAUUCAGUUGAAGUUAAAGUUGUUGCGCAGAGAUCUCCGCAAAUGGAAUGUUGAAAUUUUUGGAAAUCUUGAUAAGAAUAUUGAUAAAGCUAAAGAGAAGCUUAAUGCAGUUCAAGGUGAUAUAUCUACUCAUGGUUUCUCUGAGUCUCUUCACCAACAAGAAAUUGAUGCUCAUUCCGUCUUGGAAAGCUUGCUUGCCCAACAAGAGACUUUGGCCAAAGAAAAAAGUAGAAUCAAAUGGCUUGCUAGUGGUGACAGAAACACGUCUUUUUAUCAUGCAAUUUCUUCUAGAAAAUCAUCUUUAGCAGGUAUUAAUUCUCUUGAUAUCAAUGGUACUAUUUCUAAUGAUCCUUCAACUAUUGAGCAGCAUGUUAUUGAUUAUUUUUCUUCUCUUUUUGCGGCAAAUAAUGUUUCACAUCCCGUGGAGCUAUCUACUACCAUCUUGGAUUCUAUUCCGAGCCUUGUUUCAAAUGGUGAUAAUGAAAUGCUAACCGGAAUUCCUACUGAUGAGGAAAUCAAAGCCAUUGUUUUUAAUAUGGAUGCUUCAAGUGCGCCAGGACCUGAUGGCUUCACAGGGGCUUUCUUCAAAGAUUGUUGGAGUAUUGUGAGUUAUGAUGUUUGCAAAGCGGUAGUUCACUUUUUUCUUUCAGGUAAUAUCACUCCGGGAUUUAAUUCAAGCUUUAUGAUUUUGAUACCAAAAAUUGAGAAUGCCUUGACAAUCGAUAAGUUCAGACCGAUUAUUCUCUCAAAUUUCUUGUUCAAGAUUGUUACAAAAAUGCUGGCAAGUAGGUUGGGAUCUAUUGCUUCUUGCAUUGUCUCCAGUAAUCAGUUUGGAUUUGUGAAGGGUAGAAGCAUUGACGAUUGCAUAUCUUGUGCCUCUGAAUGUGUUAAUCUUCUAGACUUAAAUCCUAAAGGUAACAUGGCCAUCAAAGUUGACAUAAGAAAGGCUUUUGACUCAAUGAGCUGGUCUUACAUUAUAAAAGUUUUUGAGGCUUUUGGAUUUUCAAAUAAAUUUUGCAGUUGGCUUUUGUCCAUAUUCAAUUCAGCAAGAAUCUCAAUUCUUUUUCCAGGAGGGGUUAAGGGAUACUUCUCAUGUUCUAGAGGGGUGCGUCAAGAUGAUGUUUUGAUUUUUGGACAGGCCACGAGAAAGAAUUUAAAAGCCAUUCAGUCCUUAUUUAAUUUUUAUGGAGAUAUUUCAGGGCAGAUUGUUAAUUGGGACAAAUCUGAGAUUUAUUUCGGCAAGCAUGUUACAUUUAGACGUGCUACCGGGUGUUGUCAUUUAUUGGGCAUUAAACAAGGCUCCUUACCUUUUUGCUACUUGGGUGUGCCUUUAUUUCGAGGUGCUCCAAAGCGUUGCUAUUUUCAAGCUUUAGCUGACAAGAUUCUUAGUAGAUUUGGAAAAUGGAAAGGAAAGUUGCUAUCUAUGGCAGGGAGAGUGACUUUGGUUAAUUCAGUUAUCCGAGGGUCUUUUAUUCAUUCAUUCUCAAUCUACAAAUGGCCAAAAUCCCUUAUUUCUUUGCUUUCACGAGCAAUAAAGAACUUUGUUUGGACCGGUUGCAUUUCAGUUAGGAAAAACAUUACAGUGUCUUGGAAUACUUGUUGCUUACCUUUUGAUAAUGGCGGUUUAAAUCUUCCUAAUCUUACCCUUCUGAAUGAGGCACUCCUUCAUAAAUUAGCUUGGAAUAUUUGUUCUAGUGAUUCUUUUGUGUUUAAUUUCCUGCGGCAUAGGUUCACCAAUUCUUGGGGCGAUGCCAUCAGAUAUCCUCGUAUUUCUUCCAUUUGGAGUUCAGUUAAAAACUCUUUUGCAAAGGUGUAUAAUAGUUCUCAAUGGUUGGUUGAGAAGGGAUCUUUGAUCAAUUUCUGGAAUUCUAAUUGGCUUGGCCAAUCUAUUGCAAAUAGACUACAUUUACCUUAUGCAGUUAGAAAGAAACUUCACGCUAGAAUUUGUGAUGUUUUCAGAAAUGGAGAUUGGCAGAUACCUCAUAUAUUCAAGAACAUGUAUCCAGAAAUUAUUAAUGACUUGAACUCUUACACUUUUGCUUGCAAAGAUGAGUUAAUUUGGACCAAUGCUAGAGAUGGGGUUUUGAGUUGCAAAUCAUCUCUCUUGUAUUUAAGAGGUUCUCUUCCGUCAUUGAGAUGGAAUAAGGAAAUCUGGAAACCCUUCAUUCCCCCUUCAAGAUCCAUGUUGUGUUGGAGACUUUUUCACAUGCGCAUUCCUACUGAUGAUAUGCUGCGUAAAGCGGGCAUUACUCUGGUCUCAGUUUGUCGUUUUUGCUAUGCCUGUGAUGAGUCUAUUACUCAUAUUUUUAUUCAAUGUCCUUUUGCAGUGCAAAUUUGGAAUGCUGUAGAGAGUCUCUUUAUGGUAAAAUUGGACAGAUCCUCUUCUCCGCUUCACCUUUUCACUUCAUCUAGAAGACAUUCCUUUGGUUCUCAAGUCAGUGCUCUUUUUUCAGCUGCCAUCAUCUCAAGUUUUUGGACUAUUUGGAAAUUUCGAAAUGAUUGCACUUAUGAGAAUAUUACGCCAAACAUCUCCUUUUGUUUGCGCCUUAUUUGGAAGGCUAUUAAGGAAGUUGACAUUUUUCGAGUGGGCUAUUCUAGAAACUCUCAAUCAGAACUUCAUGUGUUAAAACUUUUAAACAUUAAAAGAUAUAUUCCUAAAGCUCCAUGCAUUAUUGAAGUUAGUUGGAAACCUCCUCCAAGUAAUUGGAUGAAGGUAAACACUGAUGGUGCUGCUCUUGGUGCUCCUGGUUUAGCGGGAGCUGGAGGGAUCUUUAGGAACUACAGAGGUUUUGUUCAACGUUGUUUUGCUAUCCCUCUUGGUAUUUGUUUUGCUUAUGAGGCUGAAAUGGUUGCAGUUAUUUAUGCUAUUCAAGAAGCUUGGCGUGUGGGGUGGAACAAUAUUUGGAUUGAAUGUGAUUCACUUGUUAUUGUUAAUGCAAUUAAAGGAGGCAAUUUAGCUGUGCCUUGGAAGUGGAAAUUAGCUUGGCAAACUUGUUUGUUUUAUUUGUCUAAGAUGAAUUGGGUAGUCACUCAUAUUUUUCGAGAAGGAAAUGAAGCUGCAGACAUUCUUUCUAAAAAAGCAGUGCACAUUGGGACCUCUUUAUGGUGGAGUUCGUCUCCUGAUUUCUUGGCUAAUGUUAUCGCCUAUAACAGUUUGGGUCAACCAAAUUUUCGAUUUUGUAAUUAAUUUUGUGACUGUUUUUCUAGAUUUUGUUCCUAUUUUUAUUGGUUAUUUUUAUUAAUGAUAUUUUUUAGAAAGUUUACUGUGAUGUGGGUGCUAA